GUGCUGCCUUCACCGACAUUGUCAAAACUCCAUAAAUUCGAAACGUCAAAAUUUAUACGUUUGAAAUGACAUUUUCUUCUUAUCAGAAACAUUCAGCAGUGUAACAAAGAACUUUCACGUAAUUAUGUCGGUUUAGUGUCCGUUUUACGUGAAUAAAUUUGUAAAAAAUGGGGAUAUUCGGUACCACCACCGACACCAUCACGGACGAAGUAGAGAAGGCAACGAACGAGAACAACGCCGAGGAAAACUGGGAACUGAUCAUAAACAUUUGUGAUAAGGCUGGCAAGUCUGCUGAAGAUGCCAAGGCGUACUUGAGGGUCAUCCUCAAACGGCUCCACCACCAAGACCCCCACAUCGCCCUCCAGGCCGUUACGUUACUAGACGCCUGUGUCAAAAACAGCGGCAAGUUGUUCCACAUUGAGGUCGCCUCAAGGGAGUUCGAGAACGAGUACACGAAACUACUGCAAAAAUCGCACAUCAGCGUGUCCAAGAAGUUGAGGGAAGCUUUGAAACGGUGGGCUGAGAACGAGUUCAAAACCGAGCAACAACUCAAUCUCAUUCCUUCUCUGUACACUAAACUGAAGAACAGCGGCGUUGAUUUUACAUUUACAGACAUGCCGGCCAAAAAGUCGGCCCCUGUUAGCAAAGACCCCAACGUUGUCGAGUCACAAGAAGAGGAGAAUCAGAUCCUCAAAGCCAUAGAAUUGUCCUUGAAAGAAAGCACGUCGUCGCCACGGGCGUCCAGCGCAAGCGGAAGUCUUUAUCCGAGUGCGAAUCUCGCAGCUGCGAAUAGUUCAACAAAUUCGACUCCUGUUAAAGAACCGAAAAAAGUUAGGGCUUUGUAUGAUUUCGAAGCGGCUGAAGAUAAUGAACUGACGUUUAAAUCGGGCGAAAUAAUUUUUGUGAUAGAUGAUUCUGAUCCGAAUUGGUGGAAAGGGAGUAAUCAAAGGGGCGAAGGGCUGUUUCCGUCAAAUUUUGUCACGAAAGACUUGGACGUUGAACCUGAGAAGUUUUUGUACGAAAAAGCGAAGAAAAUCGUUCAGUUCAAAGAAACCGCGGACGUGAAAACCGGUGCCGAAAAAACCGAUCCCGAAGACAUAGAAAUCAACGAGGAGAAAAUCGACCGUCUCCUCCACUUGCUCCACGAAGCCGAUCCGACAAAUCCCGAAACGGACACCGAAGAAAUGCUAAAACUCGAACGCGAGGUGAACCUAAUGGGUCCCCUAAUUGAUUCCGAAUUAGAAAGGGUGGACAAGAAACACGCCCAAUUGACCCAACUCAGUGCUGAUCUUGUUGAAGCUCUGGGUCUUUAUCAUUCUCUGAUGCGUGAACCACAAUUCCCACCCAAGAUGCCUUACAAUUAUAAUCAGAUGGCACAUCCGCCGCCACCACAACAGCCCCCAAAUUCGAUGGUGCAGACGUACAACGGAUUGCCGCCGCCACCGCCGCAACCCACAUCAAUGUUGCCCCCAGGAAUGGCGCCGCCCCCAGGCAUGCAUUACGCGACGAUGCCCAUGAUGUCCACGGCGGGCAUGCCGCCGCCGCCGCCGCAGUUUUUGAUGCAUCAGAUGCCGGACGACAGGAGGACUCAGAGCUACGGGAGUAUGGUACUUCCCAAUUUUCCGAGCGGUGUUGCCGGAUCUCAGACUCUUAUACAUAAUGGACCGCCACCGCAGUCACAAAGUCAACAUUACAUGCCUGCUUCAAGCGCCAAUCCAAAGUAGUAGGCCUUGAAAGAAGUAUUGUUAUCAAAUUCUUUUCCUUAUAACCGAUAUGUGAUUUAACAAUUUAGUUAUUUUGAUAAUAUCAUGUAUUUUAUUACGAAUUUCUUCACUAUCUUUGUUGUUUUAGUUUAUUUAUUAAUGAGAAAAUUGAUAUUAAGUUACAAUGGCAGGCGUGUGGUGGGGAAAGGUAGUGAAGAAAUUAUUAUAAGUAAUGUUGUAGACUUGAUGUAAAAACAUGUAUAUGAAUAAAUUUUAUGAAGAAA